AUGGCGACAUCAACAUCACCCAAUGUCCUCAUCUCAGGCUUUGGCAUCGCAAGCAGUGUUUUUGCAUCCACACUCCUUCGCGCUUAUCCUCACGCCACCAUCACGAUAAUCGAACGCGACCCUUCCAUGCGACUCACCGGCGCCAGCGUCGACAUCCGCAGCUCCGCCGUCGACAUUAUAAAAUGGAUGAAUCUAGAACAGGACAUUCGCGCCAAAACCACAAAAGAAGAAGGCGUGGAGUUUGUUGACGAGUCUGGAAAGUCGUUUGCUACUCUGCUGGCCACGGGGAACGAUCAAGUGCAAACCAUGACUUCCGAGUACGAGAUUUUCAGGGGUGAUUUGGCGAGGAUCUUCUACAAGGAGAUUGAGGGCAGAGUGGAGGUGGUGUUUGAUGAGAGUGUGCAGAGUUAUGAGCAACUCGAGGAUAAAGUGGUUGUUCACUUUGCCAAUGGCAAGGCUUCGCAGUCGUAUGAUUUGCUGGUUGCCGCUGAUGGAUUGGGGUCGAGGAUUCGAGGUAUGAUGUUGGGCACUUCACCUCAACAACACAUUCACGACGAAGGCGUUUAUGCCUCCUUCUUCGUCAUUGANAAAGACUUGCUCAAUGGCUCCAAACUGGCAAAAUGGUACAACACCACUGGCGGCCGCGCCAUCUUCCUUCGUCCAGAUCCAGACCCCAAAGGCCGCACCAGAGGCCACUUUAUGAACUCGGCAUGGCCCUCUGACGUCUCCGCCCGCAACAAAAUCAACACUGCACUAAAACAAGGCAGAGAGAGUUACACCAAACUCGUCGAAGAAACUUUUGCAGACGUCGGCUUCCACCAAACGAAAGAAAUUCUCGCAGCCAUGCGCUCAACACCAGAUUUCUACUGCUCGAAAUUCGCUCAGGUGCGCAGCCCUCGCAUACAAGAUGGCCGUAUAGUCCUCCUCGGUGACGCCGGCUACGCAACNCCCGGCAUAGGCACCUCUCUCGCCAUCAUGGGCGCCCACAUCCUCGCCGGCGAAUUACUUACCCACAAGCUCGACAUUGCUGCCGCGAGCAAAGCAUAUGAGAACCUCAUGUUGCCAUUUGCGCAUGCCCAACAGAGCAGCAUUGGCGACUAUGCGAUGCAAGUGUUGAAUCCGCAGAGUGCUUUGGGGUUGUGGAUUAGAAACACGGUCUUGUGGGCUGUUACUGCGGUGGGGAUUGACAAGGUUGCUGUGUGGAUUGCUGGCAAGUUGGGAGUGGCAGAGCCGAAAAUCAAGAUGCCUGUUUAUGCUUGGCCGGAGGUGAAGGCUUGA